AUAUGACUUUAUUCUGAUCUGUGACAGUGCAUUACUACGAGGAUGGGAAAUCCCCCCUGGAUGCACUGCGUAAGGCAGCAGCGAACUAUGCCUUGGCUAUAAAAUUGAAACCAAAGGAUGCUGAGUUGCAUUUCCAGUUGGGUGUGGUGCUGGAGGAACAUUACCAUUUGAAAGUGGUAUACGGAGUCAUGGAGACGGUCCAAGCAGAUGAUGUAGUAAAGCUGAGUGCUGCUGAGAUGUCUGGGAGAAAUGAAGAGAUCCUGGCAAUCUGUAAGCUUCAUGGCAUGAAGGGGCGGAACACAGUCGAGAUGCUGAAGGCAUUGGACGUGGAAUUUCACCACUUAAAGGAACAAGGACAGUCUGCAAAAGCUGACCACGUGCAGACACUCUACGACUGGAAAUCCAAGCAGUCUGCAGCGGACAGUAAACAUAAAUCAACACAGCCAGAUGAGCAGCAAUUCCUUGACUGGGCUUUUCUGAAAUACAUGGAUGCCGUAUCACUUCAGCCUCAAAUGUGGCAAUACAAUUUCCAUGCUGGACGUAUGUUGUUAUCUCAGAAGAAGAAUAACGAAGCAUUGAAACUUUUACAAACAGCCUUAGCACAGAAACCAACCGAGCCUUGCAUUAGGUUUUAUACAGGUCUGGUUGUGUUGGAUCGGGAUGAUGGAUUGGGCCCACAAACACGAUAUGCUAUUCAAUACCUGCAGCAGGGCUUAGAGAAAUUAUUGGCCCAGCUUCAGUUUCCAGAUGAGAACCCACCAAGUCACGAAGGCCCAAGUCUUCGAGCUCUAAAUCCGAUUUCUCUCCUGAACAUUCAGUUCCACAAAGGAAUAUUCAGGCUAGGAACAUUUCUCUUCAACCCGCCUGCAGGUCUACCGGAAAAAACAAUGACUCCUGAGCAAGUACUUACUUUUUCUGCAGAUUUAGCCGCCUGGGCUUUGUCCAAAUAUCCAUAUCGUGGAACUUUAGUUCAUGACUUGGAAUGGCUGCUUCUUGAGGCCCAUUUUACCCUUUUAGACUUGACUUGCAAAAAGCCAAAUGUGAAUGAUGAGUUCAUCAGUAGAAGAUGUCAGAAUUUGGCAUUAAUAUUAAAACACACCAACAUUCCAAUCUGCCAUGAACUACUAGAGAUGCAAGAAACGGUGUGCCAAUUAAGAGUCGAAAAGACUCCUUGUGAUAGUAACGCUCUGUACAUGCUUGGCCUGGCCCAGAUUGUCGACUUUGACAAUGAGACUACUCCAGCAAAAGCCAAAAUACUGAUUGAAGAGGCAUGCCUGAGCUUCAGAGCCAGCAUCAGCUUGGAGAACAAACCAAUGUCCGGAGAGCCGCCAAUGGAACUAAUCCAGCAGAAAUGGUGGCAGGAUUGGAAAUUGGACGAAAGCCAGAAAGCUAUGCAGCAGAAGCAGCAGAAAGUUGAGGCCAAGCAGGAGCUGAAGCUGGAUCAGCCAGACACAAAGGCUGCACCCUUUGCUUCUGGGUCGCGUCCUUCCUCCAAAUCUGUAAUUAGCAGAGUCAAAAUCCCUAGCAUAAGAGGAUCCGCAGGAGCAUCCAAAACGUCUCUAUCGGGCCGUUCCAAAGCAAGCGAACCAUCCAAACCUACCAGGGGGCGUGCAGCGGCCAAGACUUCUCCUGCACCAUCUACUACUGCUAAAGCAUCAGACCAGACUGCUGCCACUUCCAGUAACCAGCCUCAGACUAGUCGAGCACCAGAGAGCGAUACACCUGGGAUAAACCAUGUUUCCUUUGCAUAUCGCCUCGGACUGGCUCGAGCUUUAACACGUAUAGAUGAAAAAUCCGUCGAAGCUCAAAACUAUUACAAAGAAGUCAUUAAAAUGGCACCUGCGGUACACGAUGCUUACAUCGAGUUCGCAAAUCUUCUCCUGAAAACCGACCCCUUGCAAGCUGUGGACAUUUACGCUAAGUUUCCGGUGAAACCCAUCGAAGAACAGACCUACAAUGACGCGUUCAUUACUGGAGAAAUAGUCCGUCUUUUAAUGAAAAGUGAAAAAUACGAUGACGCUCGUCUGGGUCCAAAUAUGAUUGCUUAUGGGAAAGUGAUGGGACUCGCCUCCAUCGACGGUUACAUUAACACUCUUGACCAUAAAUUGAAGACUCAACUUCUGAUGAAGACCUACGCAGGGAUCCACGGGAAACCUCUCAACGAUCCAGAACUUCAAGCAUUCUUCACAUUCAAGCAUUGGAUAUAGAAUUACUUUGCUAUCAGUAAUAAAAUGGCACGUCAGCACCGAAAGAAUCUGAACAUCAAAUGCAUCCUGCCGAACACAAACACGUUAAAAGUUUUGGAAACUGCGUUCAACUUUCUAUAAGCCCAAACAAGCACCAAUUUCAGUGUUUUCCCUCAGUUUACUCAACACAUUCUGUACAUUCAAAGAUAAUUCUGUAGUUCCCAUCAUCAUUACAAGUUCUGAAGUGAUUCCCCCCCCCCCCCCCCCCCCCCCGUAACAAAAGUUGAAAUGAUUGAACCCUCACAAAAUCUCCAGGAUUAUAAUUGGUUAUUUAUUUGACUAAAUAAUUCCCAUCAUUUUCCAGAAGCUAGCGUUUAUAUUGAACUACAUUUGUAUAUGACUACUCCUCAAUGUAGUUUACAUAGUUUACUAACUACGUUUGCCACUAUGAAGCUUUACAAUAAUCUGUUUUACUUUCAACAGCAGUUCGUGGUAAUUCUGGAGUAUAUUCCACUCAAGAAUUCUCAAGCCAUUCGUCCCAAAAUUGGUAGUUCCCAUCAAGUGAUGCUUUCUCAUUUUAUUUUAUGCCACCUUGCUGCAGUACCUCUUCAAAUUCAUAGGCAGAAUCAUUUGUAAUUUAUUGCUAUCUCAAGCUAAUUCAUGUUUAACCUCCGGUGGACUUGAAUUAAAUUAUUA